CAAAUACGUAUCAGGCAUAGCGAGCGGUGAUAGCAAACUCGGAUAAGUGAUCAGCCAUCCUCUAAUCGCCAAAAUGAUAUCUGUUCUCCGUCCCACUCUUCUCCGGGCAACCCCUCGCCUUGUCCGCCCAUUCGCCUCCACUCCCUGGCUAUCCCAAUCCCAACCCAAGACACCUCUCCCUUCCUCUAAAGACCCUUCUCACCCUCACCUUUUCUACCAUCCCAACUCAUCAUACGUCUCCUUGUCAUUCUUACCCCACCCUCCUGCAGUUUACGGGUCAAGAACUGUGCUGGGGUACUUGCCUCUGGGUGAUGCGGCCUUGGAUGAUUUCAGAGAGGAGCCAAAGUUUAGAAAAGUACUAGACGAUGCGGUUAAAUCUGGACUGGAGCAAGGCAAAGCGACGACCGUGCAGUUUGAGGCCGAAACCCGACCUGUCGAUGGGUGGGUACAUAUUACUGACGAACGUGCCAUCCCGCCCGCUGGGAGGAUAGGUGAAACUGAAGACAUCAUCGGCUCCGUCUACGUCCAAGAGGGCAAUAUUGUGGCGGACACCUAUUCACCUCUGCCUACUUACCGACUCGUCACUACCAACGGUGUCAUGCGACUCCCUGAAGGCCUGGACAAGCAUCUCAUCGAAGUUUUGGAAGGAAUUGACAAGGAGGAAAGGACGCAGGCUGCCGCUGACUUGAUGUAAACCCUCCUUGUGCCGAGAUUGGCUGUACUAUAGAUCGUCCUUACACACAAGAUUCGUAAGGAAAUAAAUCUGAAUAAACCCCUAAUCUUAAUCCUGGACCAUGGGAGGAUCAGGCAUAAGGACAUAACUCUUCUGACCCUCCUCAUUUCUUACUGCCUCUUGCCCUCGCUUUAAUCCCAGUCCCACCUGGGGCAUCGCCUUUGCACCUUCUUCCUUUGUUUUCAAACUCGUCUGUCUCGCCAGCUCUCCCCUCAACUCCGGCCCAAGGCUUGGUACAGGCUUUCGCCUACUCGAGUUACUUCUCCCCAAGCCUGAACCACCAGCAUUGGGAUUCGGUGAGUCUCCUGGCCCCAUUGAACUCUGUGACGUUUUGCGAUUGGUUUGAACUUGAGAGGCAGGACGCGGCUGACUAGAUCGGCUCUCGGAGUGGGGUGUGCGCGGUUGAUUGGUAGAGUUGGUAGCGGCUAUGGGCGGGGGAGGUAUAGGAUCUGAUGAUAAAUGGCGGUUAGAAUCGGUUUCAAUCGGUGAGAAGACAGGUUGAGAAUGCUGAGUAGGCUGAAAGGAAAGUACAGGAAUCGUAGGUGUUUUGAAUGGGUCGUGGCCUUGGGAACUUCCGUCCUGAAGGACUUCUUGGUCGUCUUUCUCGACAUCCGUAGUAAACUGAUCGGCCCCAGCAGGAGUGACAGGCAGGCCUUCAACUGUUUGACCUAUACCUUCGGCACUAGCUUGGGUCCUACUCGAUUUAUAGCUGCCAUCCUUCCUCAAAGCGCCCACCACCACAGUGUUACCCUCAGUUUCUCCUUUAUCCAUUCCUUUAUUGCCCAUGCCGAUGGAAUUGUAACCUGGUGAAUGGCCAGGAUCUGAUGGUGCUGUUGAACCUGAAAUCACUCGAUGGUGAGUCAUACCCAUUUGAUGACCAUCCCCAUCCCAUCUGUUUCCAAACUUUCGAUCUCGUCUGCGUUUACGAAGACAGAAGAAGGCCAAAGCCGCGAGUGCUCCAAGACCGGCCAGGACGCCAACGACGAUACCUGCAAUUGCGCCGCCGCCAAUACCACUCGAGCUCUCAGAGGUGUCGCUGUCGCUCGUACCAGCUCCCAAGGUCGCACUUUGGCUAGCUUGACCCGUAGCUGUUGCAGUUUUACUCAUGCUCUCAUAGGCCGCUAAACAGCUUGUGUUUGACCCCUCAAUGACACUGAAAAUGUUGCUCUUGUUUGAAGUGCCGUAGCCGUCGUCUACAUAGCCGUAGAUAUAGUAUCGACCCUCGGGAAGAGCAACAGGUUCCCAUUCAUAACCAUGAUUGGCCAACUGAGUGAUGAUGGUCCUGUUGAUGUUAAGAUUGGUACGGCGAGACAAUGUUGCGUUGGCGACUGCGGUAGAAGCGGCGGCGGCAGUAGUAGAACGGGCAGCAGAAGAUGUAGCUGCAGCACCAGAAGUGACAGCACUGGAUGUUGUUUGUGAGGUAACAGCAGAAGUGCUGGCAGAAGGGAUAUCUUGGUCUACUCCUGCAUUUACAGCAUAUAUUGUGAUGUUCACUUUGGAGGCAUCCUCGUUGUAUACAUUCCAGUAGAUUCUAAGCCAUGUAAGCGACAGACCCUAAGAAACGAGGGAGACGAUACUUACUGUCCAAGAC